UAGUCGUGCUAUCGAUAUGUGUAAUUGUUGAACAAAGUAUUAAAUGAAAAUGAAUUUCCGUAAAUUAAAUGUUACAACAGGAAUUUCCAUCAGAUGCUUAAAGUAUUCCACUGGAUCUACAAAGACAGAAAUACCGGCAUCAUUUGUCAAUGAGAAUGUAGAAUACGAGCCAGUGCGGGACAAAUCUGGUUUGCGGCAACAACAUAAGAAUGUGCUUUUCGAAAGCACUCCAUAUCACGAGCCGCACUCCUGGAUACAUUUGACAGAGAAGUAUCAACGAAGCAUGUAUGGCAAGUUUGGCGCAAGUAGUAAAGUAAAUCCGCAAAUUUGCUUUGGUGUAAAAUCGGAUUAUACCAAUACACAUAAGUUGCAAUCCAUUACGCAACCCGAUACACUUCAGCAAAUGUUGGAGAAGGUACGAGUCACAAAGUCUGCUAAGCUGGAAGCAAUUACUGAACGUGAAGAUGCCAUCGCUAAGAAGCUCGAUAAGCUGGAGCAGUGGAAGGCAGACCUCAACGCAAAGAUUGCCAAGAGAGAAGCGGAUGCGACAGCCGCAAUUCAGCGUAAGGAACGAUUAAUAGAGGAAGUUCGCAGGCAUUUUGGAUUUAAGGUGGAUACACGGGAUGAACGCUUUACUGAAAUGCUUGAGCAGAAGGAGAGGGAAGACAAGCGAAAACAAAAGGAGGCUAAGCGAAAAAUCAAAGAGGAAAAAAUGAUGGCAAAAUUAGUUAAACAAUCAACAUAGUCUCAUUGUUAAAUUUCGAAAUGAACAAAAUAUAUUGUACACAUGUC